GAUAAAGGUCUAAUUGUUGUUUAUCUAGAUGAUAUUUCUAUUGCAACGAAUGAUAUGAAAAAGCACAUUGAAAUUCUCACUGAAGUAUUAAAAUUAUUAAGAGAGGCUGGCUUACAAUUAAAUAUGAAAAAGUGCAGGUUCGCCUACAACGAAAUUGAAUACCUUGGGUAUAACAUUAAUAGAAAUGGAAUUCGUCCUAAUAAAAAUCAUCUAGCAGCAAUAGAAACUUAUCCAGUACCUAAAAAUACAAAAGAACUGCAAAGAUGUAAUGGUCUGUUUUCUUAUUUUCGACGUUUUGUCCCUGGUUUUUCACUUAUAGCUAAGCCUUUGACAGACUUAUUAAAAAAAGAUGUAAAAUUUAAAUGGACUGAAGAAUGUGCUAAAGCUUUUGAAUUCUUAAAAAAUAAACUUGUAUCAUCUCCAAUACUUGCAAUUUAUGAUCCCAUGCGGGAAACAGAAUUGCAUUGCGAUGCUAGUUCGCAUGGUUUUGGUGCUGCUCUAAUGCAAAAGCAAGAUGAUAAAAAAUUCCAUCCUGUUGCUUUCUUUUCCAAAAAGGCAACUAACGGAGAGUCCCAACUAAUAAGCUUUGAGCUAGAAACUUUGGCGAUAAUUCAUGCUCUAGAACGAUUUAAUACUUUUCUUGAUCGUUUACCUUUUCUCAUUAUAACUGAUUGUGAAGCACUUUCUCAGACUCUUUCGAAACAUAGCUAAAUGGGCUCUUAUUCUCGAAAAUUACGAUUGCAAAGUUCAGCAUCGAAAAGGUGAACGAAUGGCUCAUGUUGAUGCACUUAGUCGUACCCCAAUUAUUGCUGCUGUGUCAACUGUAGAACUAGAUAAAAAUAUUCAAGUCACACAAGAACGUGAUACUAUUAUACGGUCAAUAAGAGAAAAGCUUGAGAAAGGUGAAGUUCCUGGAUAUUUUUUAGAAAAUGGUUUAGUUUUUCGUGUUGGAUUACAAAAUAGUCAUCAGCUUUAUGUACCAAAAGAACUUGAAGACAAUAUUAUGCGAUCUAUUCACGAAAAAUGUGGACACUUAGGUAUUGACAAAUGUGCGAAUCAGCUGCUGAAAAAUUACUAUAUUCCAAACGUUAAAGAAAAGUUCAAUAAAUUCAUUAAAAACUGUAUAAAAUGCAUAUACAAUUCGGCACCCCACAGAAGUAAUGAACGAAAUUUAUAUAAUAUACCAAAGCGACCUGAACCAUUUGAUUCAAUUCAUAUAGACCAUUUUGGUCCACUACCGUCGAAUAACUCAAGAAGAAAAUAUGUGUUUGUUAUCAUAGAUGCGUUUACAAAAUUUGUUAAGCUCUAUCCGGUAAAUACCCCUGGAUCAAGAGAAGCAAUUAAUGCUCUUGAACGAUAUUUUGAUUAUUUUAGUCGGCCACGUAGGAUAAUAAGUGAUCGAGGUACAAGCUUUACCUCUCAGGAAUUUAGUAGUUUUGUUGAAAAACACAAUAUCGACCAUAUUAAAGUUUCAGUUGCAUCACCACAAUCGAAUGGUCAAGUGGAACGUGUGAACAGAGAUAUGAAAGCUAUGUUAGCGAAAUUAACAGAGUCUCCAGUUCAAAAUGACUGGCGACAAAAACUUACAAAUGUAGAGUACGCUUUAAAUAAUACAAACCAUACUAGUACCAAAAUUUCACCAAGCAAGUUGUUAUUUGGUGUUGAACAACGUGGACGGGUCGUGGAUGAAUUGACUGAGUAUUUGAAUGAUAGAUACUCAAAUCCAGAAAGGGUAGAUCUAGUAAAAUUACGAAAUGAUGCAUCAGAAGCAAUCAAUAGAUCUCAGUUGUAUAAUUUGAACUAUUUUAAAGAACAUCAUUCCCCGCCCAAACAAUUUGAGGUUGGUGAUUUUGUAGUAAUUAAAAAUAUUGACAGAUAAAUAUUGAAGAUAUCGAGGGAUAUCAAGUGACACAGAUUCCAUAUCAUGGCAUUUUAGAUUCAAGCAGGUUAAAAAAAUGGGUUGAUCCUGAUGAUGAUAUUGAAAUAAAUGGUUUGGAUUUUGAAAGCAACACUUAAAUUUUAUUACGUUCUUUAAUUUUAUCGUUAUUUUUUUUGUUAUUAUAUUAUAUUAUUUUAUUUUUUAUUUUAAGUACAAUCGAGGUCGAUUGUAAAAUCAGG